ACAAACAACCCCCCGUCAAAGAUACCAACGGGGCCGCGAGGAGAAAGGACAAGGCCGUCCUCGUGGGAAACUAAACCCUCACACCAAGCUACUCCGUCGUUUGCACCCAACUUUGUAUAUACGGUUCUCCGGGAGUUUGAAGCUACAGGGAGCAGAUAUUGGCAGCCCUGACAGUCGGCCCCAUGCUCUCUUGAUGCCACGAACCACUGUUACUACUGCCAUCAACGGUUAAUGUUACAUCCAAUAUUCUAGCAAUUGGCUGCCCCUAAACGGCGCAGCUGUGCAGUCCCUGACCUCCUCGCCGAGUCUCAACCUCCGCUCUCGACAACGCUAUGCUAGGCUCGGGCUUUUUGUCUAGCAAUCCGCAGCAUCCAACACGGAGGUCUUCUCUGUCUCCGUCAAACUCGUCCUCGUCCGUUGUCACUAUUCAACGAGCACCUUCUUUCCGUCUCCACUCCGACGGACGAAACAUUGGUGACCAUAUACAUAAUCCAAGGGCUAGUCCGCCAGUUUCGCCUCGUUCAAACAGACGUUCAAGCGGGAGCUACAUUCGCUCAAGCAGCAUUGGCAAGAUCAACGACGGUAUAAGGAAUCUAAACCGGUGGUCUCAAUCAACCGCGUCGAGCGGUUCCCCUGAGACCGGGCCUCACGUUCAACGCUCCCGAAGGCGAUCGAGUUUUGCCGGAACAGAUCACUUUGCGUCUUUGGGGGAGAUUGCAGCUGCAGGGCAUUCGCAGGGCCAAUAUGGAUUCGGAGGAGCUCUCAUCAGCCCUACCUUGAGCUCAUAUAGCUCAGCAGCGCCCACAUCCCCCCCUGAGUUUCCCGGGUCACCAGAAAGCAGACUCCCGAGGCUGCAGACGACAUGGUACUCAGCGCGCAACGAUGCAGACUCUUCGGCAACAUCAACAUACUUUCCUGGUUCGAAUAUUUCACAUCAAGCCCAAAUUUCCGCACAGCCGUGGCAAGCACAUGGUCAGGAUUUUGGGAUGAAUUACCAUGAUCGAUCCACUCCUUCUAUUUCUCCUGCCAAAAGUCGAAAUGGCGAUCGACCUCGCGCGGCGAAACCGCCUUCACAAAAGUUGAUGCUCUCCAAAGCACUUCAAAAGGCAAAUACUGCUGUCUUGCUCGACAAUGCUCAGAACUUCGAAGGUGCAAUCGAUGCAUAUAGGGACGCUUGUGCCCUGCUUGGCCAGGUCAUGCUCAAGAGUUCUGGCGAGGAGGAUCGGCAAAAAUUGGAAGCAAUUCAAGAGACAUACCACGCGCGAAUUGACGAGCUUCAGAGCCUGGAUCCCUAUUUUCAGGUCGCCGAAGGCAAAGAACUACCUGCUCGGCCACCCAGCGACUAUUACGAGGACCAGGUUUCACCAUCGGCGGCAAGCGCAGAUGAGGAGGAUCAAAACGAGCAAAUAUUGCAAACAUCAAGAAUGAUGCACCUUGUGGAUGACCCCAGCCUCGCUGUACCCGACACGCGCAGGUCCAUGUCGACAAUCCGGUCUCUCCAUCCAGGAGACAGCCUCUUGCCCGCUUUUGAAGAAGUGGAACAAAUUGUUUCUUCUACUCAAGGCGGGCGGCUCGCUGAAAGGACCCGUUGGUCGAGAUCACCUCUGGCACGACGAAUGGAAAAUCAGCCUCUGAAUUUAGCACCACCCAUGGAGGAGGGUUAUAUGCCCCGACCAUUGACUCCGCGUCGACCUUACGGAGACCAGCAGAAUCCUGAUUUCCUCCAUCCGGAUCAUCUGCAUCCCGGAUCGGCAGACUCAGAAGCGAUCAGACCCGGCAGUAGCGAAUCGGUCUCGUGGUUGAAUACGGUUGAUGAAGACGGUAGUUCCUCUCCUCCGUCUAUUCACUCGAAAUCCUCUUUUGAGGAUCUCCAACAUGAUCGCCUCCGCCCAACGAGCACUGCCACGGCAGCUGAAUUUGAUGCUGCGCUAGAUGCUGCCGUUGAGGCAGCUUACGGUGACGCCUACGAGGCUGCUCCUAGACCGCCAACUCUUUCCGAGAAUCUCACAUCCACGGCUCGCCGCAAUGUUGAGCUUGCGAAGGAGCGAGUUCGCGAAGCCGAGAGGGAAGUGGCCAUACAGAUGGCCCGUGAGAGAGAGAGGGAACGACUACUGCAGAAAGCACUCGGCAGCGAUGUACGAGAUAGCGUUGAGCUUGAGUAUCGACAGGACGAGGCGGAAGAAGAGGAACGCAUCCUCGAAGAAAUGACCAGGGAUUUUGUAAUGGAUGAUGUUGAGUUUGGGGCGCAGUCAAAAUCUGCGCUUCCGCGACAAUCAGACUCUAGUGGUUUCUCGGGGAGAACAUGGGGAAGCUCUACCGGUUCUUUCCCAACGACCUCUGUUGGUUCAACCAGCUUGUCCACCGUUGCUGAAGCCCCUAUUCCGCCGUCAUUUCACCUGCCGCCCCUUUCACCUCCGCCUCAUCCGCCUCCUUCGGGCGCACUUCCAGCCCCGCCGGUGGCACCACAGAACACAAGCAAUCAUUCCACCAGUCUGGGGCCUGACGGACAGUCUCAAAGGCUAAGUGUAACCAGGGCGCCGGGACAAAGCGUGCGAGACAGAAGACUUUCCGGCAACAAUACCAAACAACUUACCAUCGAGACCGCCAGCAAGCCGUCUACCGCGUUCCCAUCCCCAACAAAUGUGUCUCCCGGUUUCCAUGAUCGGACACAUGCACUAUCCAUUCCCAAAUCAGCUUCAGGCAUUCCAGACGAACGAGAUGUUAGCAAUUCUUCUGCCCUGCACCUUCCAUUGGCGCCCAAUGGAAUGCGAAUGAGUCGACAAGUUUCAGCACCGUUGCUUGGAUCGGAUACUUUGGCAUCUUCAUCUGACAGGCUAGCGGCCUCACCAUAUGAUACCACACCUAAGAGUGACACUGAGGUGCAAGAUAUUCUCCCCCCGGGGAAUCCACCAGAACUGCCAGAGAAACCACCAAGUUAUGGAAAUCUGAAAAAGAACCAUUCAUCAUCGAGCUUGAAGAACCGAAGCUUCUCUAUAUCAAGUCCAGAAUUUUCAGACACAUCCCCGAUAACGCCCAUGAGCACCUCCUUUCCAUCGAUUUCACAACACCGCAAAGGUCUCGGGGCGCCCCUGCCCGCUCUACCUACGCCAACAUUGGCAAGUCUGAGUUCUUAUUCCCAGCCCUGGGGAGGCGUAUACCUGUUCGAAUCCGACUUUCAUUCGACAGACACGCCAGGGUCUCCAAAUGAGCUUGCCAAAGACCCACCCGCUCCUCUGGAACCUUGCCCAACUGCAUACCUCUUGCGUCCCUUUUGGCUUAUGCGAUGUCUCUACCAGACCAUUGCGCACCCACGAGGCGGCUAUCUCUCGAACAAACUCUUUGUCCCAAGAGACAUUUGGAACGUGAGGAAUGUCAAGAUUAAAAACAUUGAAGAGAAAAUUUCAAACUGCGACUUGCUCACGGCGGCUAUGCUCAAACUCGCCAAAGUCGACACCACCGACGCCGAUGCCCUCCUUGACGAAAUGCAGGCCCUCGAAACCGUCCUUGAUCAAACACAAGCCAACCUCACCAAGAAACUCGGAAACGAUGUCGGUGUUUCGGGCACUUGGGCCUUUUUUAAAGACGCACCCUCAACCAAUAACACCGAUUCCACAGCCGGAGAUAACCCAUCCUCAUCUUCCUCCUUGCUCUCUCACUCCUCCUCCAAGGGCGCUUUCGGCUCGAACUCCUCCGGUACCAGCGGCAGCGGCGGCAAAUCAUACUUGUCAUCAUGGCGGAAACUCAGCAGGAAACACCCCGCCGCGGGUUUCGCGCACGGCCUCUCGUCGUCCUCGUCUUCGUCCUCCACGUUGUCUAGAGACGUCCCCAAGGAAGCGCUCUCCAUGGAUACAGUCCCCACCACGUCCAGCCCCAGCGCGCACCCUUUUCCCCCGCGAAAUAUAAAGGCUUUUCAACCCACGGGGCCUAAUGCAACUUAUAUGAGUUCGCUCGCGAGACUUUUUGACUCUGUUCAGAUCUUAGACGACCUCGCGCGACAAAUUGAAGAUCCCGGUCUCAAACACAGCUCCCCCACGCACGUCGGGCUGGAACUAAGCACCCGGCACGCCGCAGAAUUCUUUGCGUUUUAUAUAUGUAGAUUUGUUCUCAUUGAUAUUGGCAUGAUGCUUGACAAGUUUAUCAAGCGCGGUAGCGAAUGGGCUUUUGUAUAGGGUAAAGGGAUAUGUCAAAGGGUUAUAGCGGUUCACUCUUCUGUCUUUUUUUUUUUUUUUU